GCUUGUUUUUAGCAGCAGAUUUCAUAUGCAAACAAAGAUCUUAAGGUUUGAAUGAAGGUGAACGUCACAGACGUCAGUUCAGAUACAUGAGUGGUGUGGUGUGGAUCGUUCCUCUCACAACUGAAUGUCAGUAUGGGUGCUCGUAUCAGACGUUACUCUGAUGUGAUGGCUCUACCAGACUCCUUCAUUCAGAAGCAGAUGUUGGACGCGUCGAUGGCCGACACCUUUCUGGAGCAUCUGUGUUUACUGGACAUCGAUCAGGAACCCAUCACUGCGCGCAACACCAGCAUCAUCUGCACCAUCGGCCCCGCCUCCAGAUCGGUCUCAAAGCUGCAGGAGAUGAUCAGAGCUGGAAUGGACAUCGCCCGGCUGAACUUCUCUCACGGUUCUCAUGAGUAUCACGGAGAGACCAUCCGUAACAUCCGUGAGGCUGUGGAGACCUUGACCUCUGACCCUCUGUACUACAGACCUGUGGCCAUCGCCCUGGACACUAAAGGACCAGAGAUCCGCACAGGACUCGUUCACGGGUGUGCAGACGCUGAGGUGACAUUAGAGCGUGGAGCGUCAGUCCGGAUCGUAACCACUGAUUCACAUCGUGAUAAGACAGACGCAUCUGUGAUCUGGAUGGAUUACAUCAGUCUGCCUCGUGUACUCAAGAGAGGAAGCAGAAUUUAUAUAGAUGACGGUCUGCUUGCCCUCAAAGUCCUUGACAUAGGUGAUACGUGGGUGGAGACUCGUGUUGAGAACGGGGGGAUUCUGGGCAGUCGUAAAGGUGUGAAUCUGCCCGGGGCGGAGCUGGUGAACCUGCCGGCCGUGAGCGAGAGAGAUCGUUCUGACCUGCAGCUGGGCGUGGAGCAGGGAGUGGACAUCGUCUUCGCCUCCUUCAUCCGCUCGGCCGAUGACGUGCGGGCCGUGAGAGAGGCGCUGGGACCCAAAGGCAAAAAUAUCAAAGUCAUCAGUAAAGUGGAGAGCAGAGAGGGCGUACAGAACUUUGAUGACAUUCUGAAGGAGUCUGAUGGUGUGAUGGUCGCCCGGGGUGAUCUGGGCAUCGAGAUCCCGGCAGAGAAAGUCUUCAUCGCACAGAAGAUGAUGAUCGGACGCUGUAAUUCUGCAGGCAAACCUGUUAUCUGUGCUACACAGAUGUUGGAGAGUAUGAUUCAUCACCCGCGACCCACCCGUGCAGAGAGCAGUGAUGUGGCAAACGCUGUGCUGGACGGAGCAGAUUGUGUCAUGUUGUCUGGAGAAACAGCUAAAGGACACUUCCCCGUUGAAGCCGUCGCUAUGAUGCACUCGAUCUGUCGUGAGGCGGAGGCGGCCAUCUUUCACCAGCGGCUGUUUGAAGAACUGCGACGUUUAACUCCUCUGAGUUCUGACCCGACAGAAGUCACAGCCAUCGGAGCGGUCGAGUCUUCCUUAAAAUGCUGCGCGGGAGCCAUCAUCGUCCUUACCACCACCGGCCGAUCAGCUCAUCUGCUAUCUCGAUAUCGUCCUCGCUGUCCGAUCAUCGCAGUCACUCGCAACACUCAGGUUACCCGUCAAUCACAGCUGCUCCGUGGUGUUUUCCCCGCCCUCUUCCUAGCUCCGCCCAAUGCCGUCUGGGCUGAUGAUGUAGACAACCGAGUGACGUUUGCAAUGGACAUUGGUAAAGCGCGGGCCUUCUUUAAGGCGGGUGAUAUGGUGAUAGUGGUGACCGGAUGGAGUCCCGGAUCAGGACAUACAAACAUCAUGAGGGCGGUCACAGUGCCCUGAAGCCCAGAGUCAAUGAUAUGAGUUUAGUCCGAGCGCUCACAUGCUGUUUGUGUGGUGUUGAGUUGUGUUUUUGGUGAACUUCAGCGUGUGAUAUCUGAUACAAUUAAAUGAAAACAGUGAAAUACA